AUGUCGUUCGCCACCACCCCCGCAGCGAAGGACACCAAGUUGCAGAUUGCGGGCAUCAAGAAGUUCGACGGUAAUAACUACGAGCGGUGGAUCUUCGAUGUCAAGCUCGUUCUCCAGUACAACAUGGCCUGGAACAUCACCAUCGGCAUUGAGACCGAACCCGAUGGACGGCCUAUUUUACUAUCGGCGCCUGCCUUUGAGGAUGAAAAGACUGCCAACAUGAAGUUCAAGGCCUACGAAGAGCCGCAUGAGCUGUGGGAAACGAUCAAGAUAGACCAGGCCGCCAAGAUGGGGAACAAUGCCUACGAGAUUCGUAAUGAGCUCAACGAAAUACGCCUCUCGGAUGUGGGAAGUGUGCGAGUCUACGCACAGCAGAUCCAGCAUGAUAUCCAGGAGCUGUUUAUAUUAGAAUCUUUGGAUAGAAAGCCCAACGAGGUUCUACGCAUGUUGCUCGUCCGAGAGACCGAGGUGCAGAAGAAGCUCCAGAUUCCUGCAGGUAAGUCCGUUUACAACAAGGGCAACAAAAGACCGAGGCACGGUCACACCACGUGGAACAAUAAGAAGUGCACAUACUGUCAUCAGGAUGGCCAUGACGUGUCUGAGUGCUUCCGUCAGAAGUGAGGUCACCCCCCGGGUUACAACCAUCAGGCUUGAAACGGAUGAGAUGAUCGGAUUUGGACGGCUGCUGGCUAAGAUAGUGGGGGGAUGCUUUCAAGACACGAGGAACCUAAAAAUCAAAGACGAC